UGUGGUUUCUUGUGUCCUCUCAAUCCUUCACCAUCCAUUCACGCCUACUCCUCAUGUGCACUUUGGUUCUUUUGCGUUUUCCAGCUCAGACAGAAAAGCAGAUUUUUUCCCCCCUCCAUCACAACUCAGUUUAUUUUUCGGAUUUUUUACAAAAAAAAAAAUGCAAAUGACAAUUGUGAAGAAUUUCUGACUGAUACAAACGGGACGGAUGAAGACAGAGUCAUGCUUUUUUAAUUUAUUAUUUUACGCAUCAACAGUCGCACGUAGAGCCUGGAGAGGAUAAAGCUGAGAACGCAAUGUGGCUGGGUUUUUGUUAGAUUUGGUGAAGGUGUUGCUGGAAAACAGAGACAUUUAAUACAAUGAACUAAUCAGACAGUGUUAAGUUUGCUGAGGUACCUGUGAUUUGCAAAAGAAAGGGGGGAAAAAAAGAUAUUGGAGAAGCACCGUGGAAAUCUACGCGUCACCAGCGCAACAAGCCCGCACACCAAGGCGGUGCGACUGGCACACGGGCUGUCGUCCUCUGUGGAAGUGGUGCAGGGUGAAUCCACUGUGUGUCCAGGGUCCAGCUGAAAUUCUUAGCUUUCUAGCAACAUGAAAGGCAAGUUCACCUCCUGAAGCCAUAAACUUCCAUACUGAGUUGACUCACAUACAUCUGCACCUGGUUUGCACAGACCUUCACAUGUAAAGUGGAACUGAACAUCAGCAGUGUCCAGUCAUCAUCGCCUAACCAUGUUACAACUCAAGAAUAUCCUGAACAGCUUUCCACCAGUCACCCCAUGUAUGCUCCUCUCUAUUCUGCUGGUUCUGCUCCCUGGAGUCACUCAUUUCUCCCAGGGCAGCGUCAGCCAUGAAGAUUCCAGCAGCAUCUCAAACAACUGCUCCAGUCAAGACAACUGCUCUGAAGGAGUGCUGCUGCCCUUAUGGAACCCCCAAAACCCUGCGGUGGGGGACAAGGUGGCACGCGCAAUCGUUUACUUCGCCGCUCUCAUAUACAUGUUCCUAGGCAUGUCCAUCAUCGCCGACCGCUUCAUGUCUUCGAUCGAGGUCAUCACCUCUCAGGAAAAGGAGAUCACUAUCAAGAAGCCUAAUGGCGAGACGACCACGACUACUGUGCGUGUCUGGAAUGAGACGGUGUCCAACCUGACACUGAUGGCACUUGGCUCAUCAGCGCCGGAGAUCCUGCUGUCUGUCAUCGAAGUGAUUGGCCAUAAUUUCGAGGGUGGAUCUCUGGGUCCCAGCACCAUUGUGGGCAGCGCUGCUUUCAACAUGUUCAUUAUCAUUGCUAUCUGUGUGUACGUGGUGCCCGAGAAUGAAACGCGCAAGAUAAAGCACCUCCGGGUGUUUUUUGUUACCGCUGCCUGGAGUGUGUUCGCCUACAUCUGGCUGUAUCUCAUCUUGUCUGUGUUCUCCCCCGGAGAGGUGGCUGUUUGGGAGGCCGUCCUCACCUUCCUCUUCUUCCCUCUCUGUGUGCUGCAAGCCUGGAUCGCAGACCGACGCCUGCUCUUCUACAAAUAUGUCCACAAGCGUUAUCGUGCUGACAAAACCCGUGGCAUCAUCAUUGAGUCAGAAGGGGAUGCCAUGUUCACAAAAAUGGACCUGGAGAUGGACGGCCAGGGUGUCAACUCCCACACUCACCCCAAAGAGGCUCUGGAUGGGAUGCUGGAAGGUGUGGAGGAAGGUGGAGGGAUGAGCACAGAGCAAGAUCAAGAGGAGGAGGCCCGACGGGAGAUGGCCCGCACUCUGAAGGAGCUGAAGCAGAGGCAUCCGGAGAAGGAUAUGGAGCAGCUGAUUGAGAUGGCAAACUAUCAAGUGUUGGUCCAGCAACAGAAGAGUCGAGCCUUCUAUCGCAUUCAGGCCACACGCAUGAUGAUCGGAGCAGGGAACAUUUUGAAAAAACACGCAGCUGACCAGGCCAGGAAGGUCGUGAGCUGCCAUGAGGCCAGUGGGCAAGAAGAAGAUCCCAACACUAUCUAUCUGCAGUUUGAGCCCUCUCACUACCAGUGCUUUGAGAACUGUGGUUCACUCAAGCUGUCAGUGAGCCGUCAUGGAGGAGAAAGUGGCUGCACUGUGAAGGUAGACUACCGUACAGAGGAUGGAACGGCUAAUGCAGGCUCUGACUAUGAGUUUGCUGAGGGCACUCUGGUCUUCAAGCCUGGUGAAACCACCAAAGAAUUCACCGUUGGCGUUAUCGACGAUGACAUUUUUGAGGAAGACGAGCACUUCUACGUGCGCCUCAGCAACCCACGAAUUGUGCACCGCGCCGAGGUUUCCCUCCUGGAGCCAAGCUCCAUCACCUCCAGCAAUAGCACGGUGGGCAUCUCCUCCCACGUCCCUCCUAAGGCUGCCCUGGGCAACGCUGACACCGCCACGGUUACCAUCUAUGACGACGACCACGCUGGCAUUUUCACAUUUGAGAAUAACAACAUGAGGGUCAGCGAAAGCAUUGGCAACAUGCAGGUGAAGGUUCACCGUACAUCUGGGGCCAGGGGGAAGGUGGCAGUGCCGUACCACACCAUCGAAGGCACCGCCAAGGCCGGGGAGGACUACGACGAGGUGUCGGGCAAGCUGGAGUUUCAGAAUGAUGAGACCAUGAAGCUGCUGAAUGUGAAGAUCAUCGACGACGAGGAGUACGAGAAGAACAAGACCUUCACCAUAGUGUUGGAGGAGCCCAUCCUCCUGGAGGUGGGACAGAGACACGGAGACACCAAUGACAACAAAACAGUGGUGGGACCUGAGGAUGUGUCAAAGAUGGGCUGCCCGUGUCUGGGAGAGCACACGAAACUGGAGGUGGUCAUUGAGGAGUCUUAUGAAUUCAAGAGCACAGUGGACAAGCUGAUCAAGAAGACAAACCUGGCUCUGGUGGUGGGGAGCAGCAGCUGGAGAGAGCAGUUUGUUAGUGCUGUCACUGUCAGUGCAGGUGACGAUGAUGAGGAGGAAAGUGGGGAGGAGCGCUUGCCGUCAUGUUUUGAUUACAUUAUGCACUUCCUGACAGUUUUCUGGAAAGUCCUCUUCGCUUUUGUCCCACCCACUGAGUACUGGAAUGGCUGGGCCUGCUUCUUUGUGUCCAUUUCCCUCAUUGGUGUUCUGACAGCUGUGACUGGAGACUUGGCCUCUCAUUUUGGCUGCACCAUCGGUCUCAAAGACUCAGUCACCGCUGUGGUGUUCGUGGCCCUCGGCACUUCUGUUCCAGAUACUUUUGCGAGUAAAGUGGCAGCCAUCCAGGACCAAUAUGCUGACGCCUCCAUUGGAAAUGUGACCGGCAGCAAUGCGGUGAACGUGUUCCUGGGCAUCGGCGUGGCGUGGACCAUCGCGUCCGUUUACUGGCACACUAAAGGCCAAGUGUUCAAGGUGGACCCAGGCUCCCUGGCCUUCUCCGUCACCGUCUUCACCAUCAUGGCACUGUUUUGCGUGGUGGUGCUCCUCUACCGCCGGCGUCCCAGUGUGUCAAACGGAGAGCUCGGGGGACCACGGACAGCGAAGCUCGUCACCUUCUUCCUCUUCCUCUCCCUCUGGUUUGUCUACAUCCUGCUCUCCUCUCUGGAGGCGUACUGUCACAUGCCCGGCUUCUGAGACAGAAGGACACGCACAGACACGACUCGCUGAACGUGUGGUUUUUUUUUUCCCCUCUGUUUUUGUCGAUUUUCUCAAAGGUUUAUAUAGCUAUUUGUAUCGUUAGUUUAUUUACUGAUAAGAGCACAAUAUCGGAGUGACUCUGGGUCUUUGAACAUUGGGACUUUGCUACCAUCCACUCCGCUGUGAAUGAUAGUCCCUGAAUCUCCUCCUCAAAGUUGUCCUCCCUUUUUUUUUUUUGAAAUGUUCCAAAGAAUAAUUAUCUAAUCAGUGCCAACUAAUCAUUAACACCAAGCCUUCCAUCACUUGGUCUGUUAACCUUGAGGCAUUGUGUCCUCUCUCUGAGGACAAUUACUGAGUUUUUACAUGUUAAGCACGAGGCUGAAGCAAGAUGUGAGGAAUAUAAAGAGAAAUACACGACGAGAUGGCAUUGCACUUGGUAUUUAUAUAAAAAACAGAGGAGAUUUCUGGAGCAGGAAUGACCUGUACAACAUAGAUGUGUGUUGAUAUUUAUUACUCAAUCUUUACAUUAAGUAUUCACUGUAUAUCACGUGUAAGAUGAACAUCGUGUGUGAGAGUUACGUGAACGAGUACGUGGGUUUCUUUUUGCACGUAACCAGUUUUGUGGUAAACAGUUUUAAAGUACUGUAUGUGAUAUUUUGAUAUAACACUUGACGUGUCGAUGAACUCCUGUACAUGUGAACCACAGCUGUAUCAUAAUCUCUUCACUGCCUGGUGCCCCCUGUGUCAUGAAGCUCUCUCCAUCAGUAUCACAUUGCCAUGGUUUUUCUAGAGGAGCUGGAGCAGAGUGUCUGCUUUAAACUGUAAUAUGAAGUGUGCGUGUGCGUGUGCGUGUGCGAGUGUGUGCGCACUCCUCUGGUCUCCAGCACAAAAUGUCGGCGGGCAUGGGACUACACAUGGAGCAUUCAUUUUUUUUUCUUUUUUUUUUGUUAUCUGCCCCCGCUGACACUGUGAACGUUUUGCAGCAGCAUCACUCCCAGUAAAAGCACAGAUCCUCAUUAUGGCACAAUCGCCCAAACACAUCCAUCAACUGAGAUGAGAAAUGUGCUAAAAGAGACAACGUGUACAGUAUUUCCCUGAGAGUUGCUUCUUGUGUCAUGGAGAGCAGUUGAUAUUGAACUUUCUUUUUUUUUAAAUUUAACCUAGAAUAUGUAGAGCCAUAUUUAUUGUAACGGUAUUACAGUAGAGGUAUUUAUAUGAUCCGUUUUAGUUUUAUUGAUAUGCACGUUAAAUGUAGAAAAAAAGUGGAAAUAAAUGUUGCUGAUUUAUGAUGCCGUAAAA